AUGACCGGCAACACCAAGAAGCGGUCUCGCGAUGACCCCGAGGAAACAACAGUGGUUGUAGCUUCUGCUUCGCCCAGUUCGUCCCAGACGCAACAUGCACCAGCGCAAACCGAGCCUUCUUCCAAGAGAGCUCGAGUAGAGGCAGGCAGAUCCCUUUUUGUACGAUCGCUGCCGCCCUCUGCCACCGACGAGACCCUGACCGGCUUCUUCUCCGAGCAUUUUCCCGUCAAGAGUGCUGUCGUCGUAAAGGAUCCAACCACCAAGCAGUCUCGUGGUUAUGGUUUCGUUGUCCUCACCGAUGCCCAGGAUGCCACUGAUGCAAAGGAAAAGCUACAUGGCCAGAAAUUUGACGGCCGCCCGAUCAGCAUAGAGGUCGCCAAGCCUCGAGACCGGAAAUCCGCCACCGUCGAUGCCGACAAGGAAGAAAGACGGAAUGCCGAGAAGGAAGCAAGAAAGCCCCCGAAGCUCAUCAUCCGUAAUCUGCCAUGGAGCAUCAAGAAGCCCGAGCAGCUCGCCGCCCUUUUCCGCGGUUAUGGAAAGAUUUACUACUGCGAUUUGCCUCAAUCGAAGGGCAAGCUAUCCGGCUUUGGAUUUGUAACCAUGAAGCGCAAAGGCGCAGAGAAGGCCAUCGAGGCUGUCAAUGGCAAGACUGUUGAUGGCCGGACUCUUGCCGUUGACUGGGCUAUCAGCAAGCAGGAAUGGGGCAGUCUGCAACAGCAGGACGGUGGACAGAAUAAGGCAGACCUGUCGCAAGGUCCGACUGGAAAGGACGGAGAGAAGGGCGCCGACGGCAAAAGUUCCAGCGUUGGCGGUCAUGGCAAUGAGCAGAAAAUAAAAAGCAAGGAUGGAGAAGAGGAGGAAGAGGAGGAGGAAGAUGAAGACCUUCGAAAUUUCAUGAAGAACUUUGGCGACAAGCUCGAAGAUGAGGAUAGCGAGGCUGACGGAGAAGAGGAGAGGGAUUCGAAAGGCCGGGAAUCCGGCGAGGAUGACAGUUCUGGGGAAAUCUCGUCGGAUGCAGAGAAGCCCACAAAGACCCUGAUGACGGACAAUUCAUCAACACUGUUUAUUCGAAACUUGCCCUUUUCUACCACGGACGCCGAUCUCAAGAGCCACUUUGAGCAAUUCGGCCGGGUUCGCUAUGCUCGAGUCGUUAUGGACCGUGUGACGGAUCGCCCGGCUGGCACUGGCUUUGUCAAUUUCCUGAGCAACGACGAUGCCAUGGCUUGUCUCAAGGGGGCACCGCGGCCUCGGGCUACUGACGCUUCGGGAAAGCGCUCCAUAUUGCAAGAUGAACUGGCAGACGCCCAAGGCUCUUAUACACUUGAAGGCAGAGUCCUGCACGUCUCACAGGCAGUCAGCAAGGACGAGGCCACAAAACUGACAGCAGACGGAAUUGCCACACGCGACGGUAAAGAUAGGGAUAAGCGCCGUCUGUACUUGCUUUCAGAGGGUACCAUUACCCCCAGCUCGCCGCUCUUCGCUCUUCUUGCGCCCUCAGAGGUGAAGAUGCGAGAGGAGAGUGCUGCCCAGCGCAAGAAGCAGAUACAAGGCAAUCCAAGUCUACACCUCAGCCUUACUCGUCUGGCAGUUAGGAACAUCCCACGAAAUAUGGAUCACAAAGCAGUGAAAGCUCUGGCCCGUGAGGCCGUCGUUGGAUUUAGCAAGGAUGCCAAGGAGGGUCUCAGGGAGCCUCUAUCGAAAGAAGAACUGGCUAGGGGUGGUGAGGAAGACCGAGAGGCUGAACGCCGGCGCAAGGAGAAGGGCAAAGGCAUUGUCAAGCAGGCCAAGGUUGUCUACGAAAACAAGCAGGGCUCCAAGGUUGCCGAGGGUGACGGCGCUGGCAAGAGUCGCGGCUAUGGUUUCAUCGAGUAUUCCUCGCACAGAUGGGCACUCAUGGGGCUUCGUUGGCUGAAUGGCCACGCGCUCAAGAAUGAUACAGGCAAGACGCAGCGGCUCAUUGUCGAGUUCGCUAUUGAGAAUGCUCAAGUCGUAUCAAGGCGUAACGAGAGGCAAACCAAGCAGGGUCGACCUGACACGAAUGCAAAUGAGCACGAGCAGGGCACGUUGCGACAAGGUCAACAAAAUUCACGUUUCGGGCGCAAUGACAAAGAAUUCACAAAAGGCAAGCAUCUUGCCCAAAAGUUCAAGGGCACGGCCGGCAAGACUGUUGUUGAUCAGAGCGGUGUCGAGUCAAGAACGAGUAGUACACGUAAUGCUUUGGAGCAGAAGAUCAUUGGGAGAAAAAGGAUCAUGAAGAAAAAGAAGGCGAAUGCCCGGCGCUAG